AGCUCAGGGUGAAUCUUCCUCAGGAAAAGAAGAAAAAAGAAAAAAAGAAUAUUACUUUGGAUUUUGAUUCACUUGAAAAUCUUUUUCUCUACUCUGAAAUGUUAAAUUCUUAUAUUAAACCAAACCUGUAUAAAUGUUUGUAAGUCUAGUGCACAAAUGUGAACUGUGAUAAAUAUGUAUCUUUAGUCAUUACGUAAUGCCCCAAAUCCUAGACCAUGUUAAUAAUAGUGAAUAAAUUGUGAUGUAGUAAAAAUUUGGUUCUACUAUUUUUUCUGACAAGGAAGAAAUUUAAUUUGGUAAAGGAAAGACUACGCCAUAAACAACAAAGUACAUUGAAGAAGCUAAAAUAAAAUAUUUCAUAGCACACAAACAUUUGAAUCAUGGAAAUGUGAACUGUGGUAUGUGUUGUGAGAAGUAACCAGCUAUAUAUGUUUGUUGUUAACGGUUCCUUCAUAGCCUAAAAUGAGAGCAAAUCAUCCAGAGCCCACGUUGUCUACCUCUUAAAUGGACAUGUUAGUGUCUAAAUGUUACAGGUAGUUAAUACAUUGCAGUAGUAUGAAUCACAAAAUAGUUUGCCUUGACAGAUGUAUUUCUUUUAAAAGAAAAGCUUUACAGGAAAAUACUGAGGAUGGGAAAAGUUGGACCUGAAAAUUUUGUCUUUGUUCAAAUGAAAGGUCAGUAAUGCAAGUGAUGACAGAAAUAAAAAAGGAAGGUGAUGAAAUGGAAGUUGGAAUUGUGUCCAAUCCAGGCCUUGGUGUCUCUUGUUGUCAUGGAUAUAGCCAAGCAUAUGCCACAUCACUGUCACAUUUCAUUUAUUUCCUGACGGUACAACAGACGGAAACUCUUAGUAACCCUGACUUGGGGCUCGCUUUUGUUGGUCUCUGCUACAAGUGCCAAAAUCUGUUUCUCUUUGUUGUCAAUAAUGUUUAGAACUGAUAGACUGAAUUUUUAAUAUUCUCUACCAUUCCUCCAGGCAGGAAAUACCAUACUACUCCUCAUUUCACCUUUUUUUUUUUUUUUUUAAAGAUUGGCAUCUGAGCUAACAACUGUUGCCAAUCUUUUUUUUUCUGCUUUAUCUCCCCACAUCCCCCUGGUACAUAGUUGUAUAUCUUAGUUGCAGGUCCUUCUAGUUGUGGUAUUCAUUUCACCUUCUCAGUGGAAACGGAAGCACCUUCUGUUUAACCAGCUUAAGAGUAUCAUUUGUGCAAAAUGAGGUAGGAUUUUUUGGUAAGAUCAUUACUGAUGUAUAUAAGAGUUAAAUUUACUUAAGAGGUCAUACUCAAUUUAACAAUAACCUGUUGUUACAAAGUACCAAUUGUACCUCCUUUAUACCAAUUACUAGUUGGGGGUCCUGCAUGAAACAUAAUUUUACUCAGAUGAUUCAUCUGAGGCCACUUUAAUGAAGGGCUCAGUUUUAUAGUUGGGGGCAGGGUUACGGGAACCAAAAAGGGGUAUUGAAACACUGAGUGAGUAGCAGCAGUGUGAAGCCACUUCUAGCCCGUGCAGGAGCAAAAGCUGUGGGAGCCCAGAAGCAUGGCUGGAACCGUGGUUGUGGUACAAGGAGGGAAUGGACAAAUAAUGCUCAGACUCCUCUCUUCUGCUGCCUUCUGCAGAACCAACCUCAAAUGGCCCCUCGGUAGAGCCAGGGUGAUAAUGUAUGUUGUACGAUAAUGUAUAGGGGUUACCUGUGCUAUGAGCAAAUUAAGGCCCAAAGAAGCUGUAAAUUGCCAAGGUCCCCUUAGAGAUCGUGAAUCUAGGCUGUUUGCCUCCUCCAGCACUUUUUUUUUUUUAAAUUAACAGCUUUAUUGAGAUUUAAUUUACAUACCAUAAAAUUCUCCCAUAUUAAGUGUACAAUUCAAUAAUUUUUAGUAUUUAUAUCACCACAGUGUCACCACAAUCUAAUCUUCAGACAUUUUCAUCACUCCAAAAAGAAAUCUCAUGCUCAUUUAUAGUCACUCCGCGUUCUCACCUGUAGCCCUAGGCAGCCAUUAAUCCAUUUUCUGUCUCCAUAGAUUUGCCUUUUCUGGAUAUUUCAUAUAAAUGGAAUCUUAAAGUGUGUGUUCUUUUGUGUUUGGCUGCUUUGACUAAGCAUAAUGUUUUUGAGAUUCAUCCAUGUUGUGGCGUGUAUCAGUAUUUAGAAGCACUUACAGUGGAGCCAUAUUCUGUUGUGUGGAUAUAGCUCAUUUUGUUUCUCUGUUCACUAGUAGAUGGACAUUUGGGUGGUCUUUUGGAUGGACUUUUUGGAUCUUAUGAAUAAUGCUGCUGUGAACAUUUGCAUAAAAGUAUUUGUAUGAACACAUUUCAUUUUUCCUGAGUAGACACCUGGAGUGGAAUUGUUGGAGUGUAUGGUAAUUCUGUUUAACAUUUUAAGUAACUGCCAAACUGUUUUCUAAAGUGGCUGCACCAUUUUCUGUUCCCAGCAGCAACGUAUGAGGGUUCUAGUUUCUUCACAUCCUUGGCAACACCUAUGAUUUUUUUUUUUGAUUAUAGCCAUUAAUAUCCUGAGAAGUUCGCCAUUUUUAACACACAGACUUGCCUCUUCUCCCAUGAUUUUCUGCCAAGUCGAGUUCAAAGGAAGGGAGGUAUCUUUUAUCACCAACAAUUUUGUUAUUUUCACUGUUUUUUAAACUAAAGGACUUUGCUGCGGAUUACUCAGCAGUUGGUAGCCAAGUUCAUUAAACUCUACAUCCUUUAACAUUUAUUUUUAAAGCAAUUUUAGUGAAACUUGGAGCUACUUGGGUGGUAAUGUGCAUAUGGGGGGUGGUUAUGACGUUGAAUGGUGUGUUUGAUUUUAGGGCUCCCUUUGCUUUCAAUUUUGGUUUGGGAGCUGAGAGAAGUUUUAUAGAAGAUAGCAGCUGGAGUCAGCUUUCAAACAGGUAUUGAGUCACUCCCAUGCUUAAAGAUCCUUCAGUUGUUUUCCACUGCACUUGCAAUAAAAUCCAAACUCCUUAUUGUACCCACAAGGCUUUUCAUGUCUGCUCCUUGCCUACUGCCUCUCCAGGUGAAAGUGUCUCCUGCCACUCUCCUGUCCCCUCAGUACACUCAGAGCUCGUUGGUCUUUCACCUCUAUAUAGCAAACUCUUUCCUGCCUCAGGGCUUUGCAUAAUUCCUUGUUUUCCUUUGGUUUGGCACAGGGUUAGCCUAAUAUUCCCUUUUUAUGGAGACUUUUUGCUGAUCACCUUGUCCUCCAAAAGUAACAUCUUCAUAGAUUCUGUUCUCAGCCCAUUUCUCAUGUAAGAUACUCUUGGCAAUUUCACCCACUUUCGUGACUUCAAAAAUACCCAACUGGUAAUGAUUCCCAAUUUUUCAUUUCCAGCUCAGAUUUCUUUCCUGAGUUCUAAGUGGGAAUGUUCAUUAGCCCUCUUGAAUAAUUCUCAGUACAUCUCUUCUGAACACCUCACAUCAAACUUAAUGCAUCUGAAAUCAAACUCUUCCACAUUUGUUCAGCCUUAUGGGCAGUUCAUUAUCAUUCGUGAUUCCUCCGCCUUUCCCCACAAAUCAUUGGCCAAGUCUUGUCAAUUCUAACUUUAAAGAGUUCUCAAAUGUCUAAGUAUUAGCAGUGUUGUCUCCUUAUAAUUUUUACCUGGAUUUCUGCUAGGAUCUUGGGCUUCCUGAUUUCAGGCUGGCUUUGUUCUUCAUACUGCUUAUCAACUUGUCUUUCUAAGAGAGUGAUUACUGCUGGUACAAGGCAGAAUUGCUUUAAGAACCUUUUCAAAGUAGUUUACAGGGUCCCAUGUCAGAACUACUGAUAAAUAACUUUUGGAAGUGAGAGAUGGGAGUGUAUAGUUUGAAAAAAGCCCACCAGAUGAUGCAGAUGAGCACCGUUGGCUAAAACAUUCUUUUAAAAUACAAAUUUAAUCAUUUAACUCUGAUUAAAAUUCCUUGGAGUCUGUUGAUUCCCUUGAGGAUAAAAUGUGAGAUUCUUAUUUUGGCAUAUAAUUUUGCAUAAUCUUGCUCCUGUCUGACUUAUAUCCCUACCCCCAAUACAGCCUUGCAGAAUUACUUACAGGUCUAUUAAUGUACCAUCUCGUUCACAUUUCCAGGUCUUUCUAUAUGGUAUUGUCUCUUCCUGAAGUACUCUUCUUCUUUCUUUCCUUGGAUAAUUUCUCCUCUUCCUUUCAAUACUCAGCUAUCGUUUCCUAGAGUUUAAGCUAUGAAGAAGGACAUCCCUCACACUCUGAAGCAGAUCUCCUUCAGAGACAGACUUUUGUAGCCUCUCAUCAACUUCCUGGAUAUGCUACCACACCUCAGCCAACCGGUCUUUCAGGAAUAUUUGAUGCUGGUGUGAACGGUGCCAGCACUAACACUAAGGAAUCUUCGGUGAUGAGUUUUCUUUCUGCUGUGGAGCCACGAGCUGCUCAGGCUGCUGCUUCAGGAACUGCUCUUGUACCACAGCUCAGGGCUCCAUCCUGGCAGACAGGUGUGCAUUCCUCAGUGGCAGCUGAGCUCUUUGUUAGUGGACCUUUGCCAACCACUGGAACACUUCCACCCUCUGCCCUCUCUGCUUAUCAGCAUCCCACCGCCUUCAGCAAUAGAAACUUUGCUACCACUUCACCUUUGGUGCUUCAGGAUUCAACUUUUAACACUACGUCAAACGGAAUUUUAAAUCCUCAUGACCCUUUGCUGCAAAUCAAAACUUCCCAGGGAACUGUUCCAGGUGCUUUGGCAUUUGAGCGCCUGGGAGGUUCUGCGUUAAGUAACAGCACACCACCUCAGUCUUCAACAUACCGCUCAGCUCAAGAGUCUGCACCCCAUCUUUUACAACCUCAGUUUAGUUUGUUGCCUUCAGCAGUUGGGGGAGCCCAGCAAACUCCUCAGGCCUACAGUUCAACUCUCUUUACUAGUUCUACUGCUUCCAUUGAAAGAGCUCUUCUUCGAGAAUGUAGUGUUAUUAAACACCAUCAGCGGCCUUCAGGUACCCAGUCUGUUCAGGCACAACUGACUGGUUCACAGCAUCCUUUACAUAGUUAUCUGUCAGGUGCAGGUGUAGUUAAUUUUCAGGAAACAAGCAGGCAGUCCUCUUUAUCCUGUAGCCCAGUUGGAGAUUCUUCUCAGGUGAGCAGUGGAGGAUUGCAACAGAAGACCUCUCAGGUCUCAGUGGAACUUGCUCAGUCUUAUUCAUCUGCAAUUCCGUCAUCAGGAUAUCCUCCCUCUAUUACAAAAGUGAAAGGCUGUUCUUCAAAACAACCACUAACAUCAGCUAAGACCCCCAAACCUCAAAGUAUAAUUUCUCCUGUACAAACACUAAGCUAUUCCAAACCUUUACAUAACCAGAGUUCUGUUGUAUCAGGCCAGGCACAGAUCUAUUCUACAGCACAGCUACCAAGCCUUUUAUCAGUUAGUCAGUCCCAAAAUUAUGGCUUAGUACAGCCACAUAAUGUGCCAUCGAUUGUUCAUUCACAGGUUUAUAGAUCCAGCAAAGUUGAGAAGUUGCCAUCCUUAUAUAAAACCUUGGCCUUUUCUGGGUCAUCUCAGACUAUAAGUUCUGAAAAUCAGACACUUAAUUAUUCUUCUAGCCAGCAAGAGGUGUUAUCUUCAGUUACAAAUGGGAAUUACCCUGCUCAGACAAGAGAUCUGUCUUCAGCUAGCCAGUCACAAAGUUAUUCAUCUGGUCACUCUCAGGGUUUAUCACCAGUUAGCCAGACACAGGUUAGUUAUUCAUCUCAAUCACAAGUUUUGUCAGUUGUUAGUCCUUCGGAAAGCUAUGCUUCAGGGCAGUCCCUAACAUUAACAGCCCCUUCUCUUUCCUAUUCUUCCACCUCUCAGGCUCAGAAUUUGCCUGAUUCUAGCCCAACCCAGAAUUAUAUUUCUGUGCAUUCUUCCCAAAAUGCUCAGACUCAAGAGUCAUCAUCUCCCCAGUCUCAAAAGUUUUUGCCUGCUGUCCAGUCAUCAUCUUUUGCAUCCUCUACUCAUUGUCGGACAUUACAGAAUAACAUACCUUCCCCCGAUCCAAAGUCUUACGCUGAAAGAAAACUUGACUCGAAUGUGUACACGUCUUCAAAGCAAGAUGAUUUUCCAAUGCAAGAGUUGCAGGUAUUGCAGCCGCAAGUAUCUCUUGAGUCAUCAACCCAAAGCCUAUCUGAUGGGGAAAUUGUUCAAGAAUCAGCUUAUAAGGUGUCAAAGGCAGAGGACAGAUAUUCUCAGAGUGUAAUCAGAAGUAAUUCUCGUCCUGAAGAUCAGGUUGUUGGGAUUGCCCUACAAGGGUCAAAAAAAGAAGAAAGCGUGGUUGGUUCAGUGACACAACUUAACCAACAAAUUGGCCAAGUCAAUAAUGCAGCACCCCUUGAUAUUAAGAAGGCAACUAAUUUAAUGCAAACUCCACAAGUAAGGUUGAAUAAUAAAGACCUAAACCAGCAGCAUUCUCUUAUACAUAAGGUACGUGAAACCAAGGUCCAGGAGCAACAUGAUCAAAUAAUUAAUGCCUCAUCUCAGAUUCAAAUUCCCAAUCAUGCUUUAGGGCAUGGCCAUCAGGCAUCUCUUCCCAACACACAGAUCCUUUUAGACUCUGCCUGUGAUUUACAAAUUCUUCAGCAGUCAAUACUGCAGGCAAGUUUAGGACAAGUAAAGGCAUCUUUACAACUACAGCGUGUUCAAAGUCCUCAACAAAUAGUACAUCCUUUCCUUCAAAUGGAUGGUCAUAUUAUUCAGAGCAAUACUGAUCAUUCUCAGCAGCAACUCCAUCCUCAGAAUUCUGACAUUAUGAAAAUGGACCUCUCUGAGUCUUCAAAACCAUUGCAACAGCAUCUCACAACAAAGGGCCACUUUAGUGAAACAAGUCAACAUGAUUCAAAAAAUCAUUUUGUUUCUCUUGGCUCAAUAUGUUUCCCAGAGGCGAUUCUUCUCAGUGAUGAACGACAUAUUUUAUCAAAUGUAGAUGAUAUUUUAGCAGCUACAGCAGCAGCUUGUGGGGUUACACCUUCUGAUUUUACCAAGUCAACUUCAAAUGAAACCAUUCCGGCUGUUGAAGAUGGUGAUUCUAAAUCUCAUUUUCAGCCGUCGUUAGAUGUCAGGCAUGUGGCUUCAGAUUUUAACUCCAUAACAGCUACAGUAGGAAAGCCACAGAGUAUAAAUGAUAUUCCCUUAAAUGGAAAUCAAGUUAUCAUAAACCUUUCACCAGUACCUGCCCUUCAGUCCAAAAUGACUCUUGAUCAACCGCACAUUGAAACACCUGGCCAAAAUAAAGCAUCUAAAGUAACUUCACCAGUGGUUGGACCAAGUCAUGAAGUCCAGGAGCAAACUUCUGGCCCAUUCAAGAAACAGCCUGCUACCAGUCAUGAAUCUGAAGAAGAUAGUGAAGUUCUUGUUGAUAGUACAUUAAAUAAUAACAGAAAGCAAGAGUUUGUUUCUAGUAGCAGAAGUAUAAGUGGAGAGAGUGCUACAUCAGAGAGUGAAUUCACCUUAGGGGGUGAUGACAGUGGGGUGGCAGUGAACCCAGCGAGGAGUGCGCUUGCACUCUUGACCAUGGCCCAACCUGGGGAGGCAGUCAGUGUCAAGAUUGAAGACGAAAACCAAGAUUUAAUGCAUUUUAACCUUCACAAGAAAAAAACUAAAGGAAAAGGGCAAACUAAAGAGGAAGACAACAAUAACCAGAAACAGCUGAAAAGACCUGCCCAAGGCAAGCGCCAGAAUCCAAGAGGGACAGAUGCAUAUUUGCCAUAUGCUCCUCCUCCCUCGGAGAGCUGCCAUGAUGGUUAUCAGCAUCAAGAGAAAAUGAGACAGAAGAUCAAAGAAGUAGAGGAAAAACAACCAGAAGUCAAGACAGGAUUUAUUGCCUCUUUCUUAGAUUUUCUGAAAUCUGGUCCCAAGCAGCAGUUUUCCACUCUUGCUGUCCGAAUGCCUAACAGGACUAGACGACCAGGGACCCAGAUUGUCCGUACGUUUUGUCCCCCGCCACUUGCAAAGACUUCAUCAGCAACACUGUUAACGUCUGAAACUGGGCGUAACAGUCCAUCAGAAAAAGUUGAGAAUGAACUUAAAAACUUAGAGCAUUUAUCUUCAUUUUCUUCUGAUGAAGAAGAUCCUGGAGUAUGCAGUCGUGAUGUUUGUAAAAGCGCCUCUGCUGCCUUAGCUACUUUGGAUACUGCUUCUGAGAAAAAGAAGAAAAUGGUUUCAGAAGCCCUACAGGUGGCAACUACUAGCCCAACUGCCAAUACCACUGGUACUGCUAAUACUUCCUCUACCACUGUGGGUGCAGUUAAGCAAGAACCUCUCUACUCUACUUCAUCUGCAGUAAAUAUCCUGGAAAAUAUAAACUCUGCAGAACCCCCAAAGCCCAUCGAACUUGAUGGUCUUCCUUCAGACCAGUUUGCAAGAGGACAGGACUCUGUUGCCAUAGAAGGUUUUACAGAUGAGGAGAACUCGGAAAGCGGCGGCGAAGGCCAAUACAGGGAGCGUGAUGAAUUUGUGGUAAAGAUAGAAGACAUAGAGACUUUUAAGGAGGCUUUAAAAAUAGGAAAAGAACCCCCAGCUAUUUGGAAAGUACAAAAAGCUUUAUUACAGAAGUUUGUUCCGGAAAUUCGAGAUGGGCAAAGAGAAUUUGCUGCUACAAACAGUUACCUUGGAUAUUUUGGAGAUGCAAAGAGUAAAUACAAAAAGAUAUAUGUGAAGUUCAUUGAAAACACAAACAAAAAGGAAUAUGUCAGAGUAUGUUCCAAAAAGCCAAGAAGUAAGCCUUCACAAGCUAUCAGAACUGUUGAGGCUAAGCCAAGCAGCAGCAGUAAAACUUUUGAUCCUCCAGCACCAAAACCUGUAACCACAAAAGCCCCUUCCUUGAAACCCAAAGUUAAACAGCUAAAAGUAAAGGCUGAGCCACCACCAAAGAAACGGAAGAAAUGGAAAGAAGAGUUUUCAUCUUCCCAAUCUGACUCAUCUCCUGAGAUCCAUUCUAGUGGCAGUGAUGAUGAGGCAUUUGAUCCUCCAGCUCCCUUUGUCACUCGUUUUUUGAACACAAGAGCGAUGAAGGAAACCUUUAAAAGCUACAUGGAAUUGCUUGUCAGCAUUGCCCUGGACCCCGACACGAUGCAAGCCCUAGAGAAGAGCAACGAUGAGCUACUUUUGCCUCAUAUGAAAAAAAUAGAUAGCAUGCUGAAUGAUAAUCGAAAGAGACUUCUUUUGAAUCUCCACUUGGAUCAGUCAUUCAAGAGUGCUUUGGAAAGUUUUCCUGAACUAACAAUAAUUACUCGAGACUCUAAAGCAAAAAGUGGGGGAUCUGCCAUUUCUAAAAUCAAAAUGAAUGGCAGAGCUUAUAAUAAGAAAACUCUAAGGACUUCUAAAACAACCACUAAAUCUGCACAAGAGUUUGCUGUUGAUCCAGAGAAAAUACAGUUGUAUUCUUUAUAUCAUUCACUGCAUCAUUAUAAAUAUCAUGUUUAUCUCAUAUGUAAAGAUGAGAUUUCUUCUGUGCAGAAAAGAAAUGAAGAUUUAGGACAGGAAGAAAUUGUUCAACUUUGUAUGAAAAAUGUAAAAUGGGUGGAAGACCUAUUUGAAAAAUUUGGAGAACUUCUAAAUCAUGUUCAGCAGAAAUGUUCCUAACAAUUUCCACAAAAGUGCCGUCUAUUUUGUAGCACUAAUGAGAUGGCGGAGAGGGGGGUGAUCAAAGAGGGUCUGGGGCCUCAGAUAAUCGAAUAUCAAGCAGCGGUCUCCUGCAGGCCCGCCUGCUCCGAUCAGGGAACUGGCAUCGUGACCUCUGCUGAAGGACAGUGUUGCUCCCAAGGAAUUCAGUCCUUUGGAAGUGGACCUAAAUCCCACGACAUUUGUAUCCUAAUGAAUGAUUUUUCUAUUUUGUAAACAAUUGGGUAACUGAGUUUUAUUUUCAGAAAUGUUUUUUGACAAAUGAUGAAGCAUGCACUAAAUACAAUUUUUCUUUAUUGCUAGAGAGAUAACACUUAAGUAACUUGAUAAUUUUUUCCUGACUCUGACUAAACACCAGGAUGAAAGAAAGGGGGCAGAAAGCCUAUGUUUGCAUUUGUGUCUGGCCACGAAACGGAAAGUAUUGUACGUUAUGAAAACAGAUCUGGUGUGAUUUUUGUACGAGAAUAUCAACAGUUUAUGAAAUUCAGAAACUGCAUUCUGCUUUACGAACUCCUUUUACUCUUAACAUGUUCAGGAAACUGGAUGUGGAAUUGGUGCAAUUCUGUGACUGCUUUUUGUGUCAAAUUAUAUUGUGGUGAAAAAAACAAUGACAUACUAUUUUCCCUAUCUCAAAGAAAAGUAUUUUCCUUUGGAAAAAUUUUCAGUCGUACAUUUUAUUUCACUAAUAGUUGUAUUUUUCACAAGGAAAGUGUUGUGGUUAUAAUUAUGUUUGAUGUAUCUGUACUACACUUUUCAUUAUUUUCAGUAAAUCUUAUUUAGAUAUAUAUUGAAUUUCUAUUGUGAGUUCUAUCUUGAGGUAACCAUUUUUGUUUAUACAGAUUUCCUUCAGUGUUAUCCAGAAUAUGCAUUUAGUACUAGAAUUAGUUUAGCUUUAUAAAUGGGGUUGUGUUAGACACUGCAGUAAUUUCCUGAUUCAUGAAAAUAAAUUUCUUACUAAAUUAGCACUUGAUUAACUGAUUUAUCAAAAUAAAAAUCUAACCACAUUAUACAUUUUGAAGAAUAAACGUUUAGUAGACCUCAUGCAGUGUUAAACACAGCUUACCUAACUGAGAACUGGAAGUGGUGGAGCUCUCCUUUGGGUGCCUUUCCAACCUUUAGACGUAUAUCGUAGCCUUCUUUAGUUCGAUAGCUAGUGUUUUGAGUCGUUUAGCUGAGACAGUGAAUGUAUUAGGUUCAACAUGACCUUGUAUUUUAUUUGUGUUUGCCAACAGGAUGCCUUAUUUGUUUGAGAAAAAGAUUUACUAGUGUCCUUCUAAAUGAUCUCCUUUUUUAGGAUUCUAAAGAUGUUGUUAAUCAUCCUACUUGUUUAUUUUACCACCAUUUAGUGCCUUAAGUCCUAUCCAGAAAGCAGUGUUACUGCUUAAUGCCCAAAUAAGACAUGUGUAUGUGGAUAUUGCUGUUGCCUUGAUUUUGAGUUAAUAGGUCAACUUCUAAUAGCUAAAACCUCAGUAAACUGGCAAAGAAUUGAAGGUAAUAUGUGACGCAAUUUGAGAAUGAAACUUUGUAGCAUUGGGUGAAAAAUCAGUAUUUUGAGGUAAACUUACAUAUUUGUUUCUGAUGGUUAUCUUUUUAAGAGCAAUAAUCCUUAAUCCAACAAUCCUUGUACCUGCCUUUAGACAGGAUAGUCAAUAAUAGCAGUUUCUCUCAAGGGUUAAAUGUUUGCUUUCUGAAAGUUUAAAACAAAAAACCGUUUAGGCCGCUUAUUUGGAAAACAAAAGUAACUUAUUUGAUUCAUUUUGCCUAACUCAAGUGAGAAAAUAUCAGCAAUGAGCAUCAUACAAUUAAUUUUGCUAAAUGGAGAAGAGUAGGAAGCAGCCGUAUUUCUUUCUGAUAUUGACUCUGGCUAGAAUUGGUUUCUUUCAUUUCCAAAGUGCACAGCAGAUACUGCAUCUCCUAAUGUAGUGUUACAAGUCUUUAUGUUACUCCCCCAGCUUACUUUCCUGAAUCAUUGUUGGUUUAAAUAUUUUAAAAAGCCGUCUUGCAUUUAGGGUAACUCGAAGUACCUGUUUGAAACCACUAGCCACAUUUUCUUCAUGAUAAGACCCUUCAGAAAUAGAGAUGUUUCUUGUAGAAAAUAACCCAUUUCCUUUUCAACUACAGAUGCCCUCCAACUGUUUGCAGUUGAAUUCAUUUUAGUAAAACAAGCGUUUUUGUGAUAUCAGAGGCCAAGUCUAUAGGACUGCCUGGAGGAGACCUGGUUGUAACUUGACACCAUCCUCUGUCAUGUGGUCCACGUAGCAUAGACAGACCUCAAACUCCAGGCCUUAGAGAAAGUGGGACACUUACGACAGCUAUACAUCAGUCUGUCCUUGGGGAUGAUGUCAAAUACCUAGCUGUUUAGCCUUCACGGUCCUUGCCAGGCAGUUUGAGAUUUAUAAUAGAAAUAACUUUAGGGGGUGGAUUGAGUCAAAGAGGUAAAGCACAUGUUGCACAACCCAGGAAAACAUUUUUAAGAAAGAUUUGAUUUUCCUACCUUCUGAUAUCUGAAAAUAAUUUUGUAUAAAAAAUCGUUUUGUGUUGGUGUUUAUUUCUAGUUCACAUUGCUGUUUGGAGAAGCAAGCAGGCUCCUGCUUUUCAUUUGCACAAUAACCAGUUUCCACUACUUGAGCCUCUAUUGAAGUCAUAAAUUUAUAAUGAUUUAUGAAUUAUCAUAGUAGUUCAACAAUAGAAACUGCCCAUUUUUCUAUUACACUUUCAGCUAGAAAACUUUAAUUAUAAUGGCUUAAAAAGUGUUCAGAUUAUCUUUACAUUUCUAAAUUUCCUUAAAUUCCCAAAAUUUAAAACUUAUAGAUGAUUCAUACAUUAUUACUGUUUUCAAAGCUUUCCUCACAUUGUUUAAAGCCUUACUUUCCUUUUAAUAUGUAUAUUUAUUUUCUUUAAAGCAGCUAUUUCCCAGCCUAUGACUUUGGAGAUAUUUCCAUAAAACCAAUAUAGCAGCAGGGUUAUUGAGUCAGCUUUGGGUCUCAAGAGUUGCUUCAGAUGUACACAUUUGUGAAUUUUAUUGUAUUUGUAGAAUACAGUUUUUGUUUAAAGAUAUACUUCCAUCUGUUUCUCAAGACUGCUUUUCAGAUAGAGUGAAAUAUCCCAGGAUGAUUGCUUCUAAUUGUGUCACUUGCACUUGACACAUAACUGCACAAAUGGACAAUGUACGCUUUUGGUUGUGCAUUAACUUACAUGUACAACCUUUGGCAUCUGUGUUCACAAAUGCAUGUUUUUGCAAAUCACCUUUAUCUAUAAAUGACAAUAAUUGAAGUUAAGGACACAAAGAAACUUGCAUUUGUAGUCCAGAAUUUUAAGUGGUCCAUAAUACGAUGUAUGGAAAUUGGAAAUGUGAAGGACAGUUUUGUAUAUUUGUUACUAACUCAGAUCAUUAAAAUGAAAACAAUUUUUUAAACAACAAAA